CUGCUCGAGGAGCUCCGCGCGGCGCAAGAGGAGCACGCGCGCGCAAUCGCAGCCGCCAACGAGGUCCGUGACACACUCGACCGCGCGCGGAAGGAAUAUGAAGACGCGCGCGCCGCGGAGAAGGCCAGCGAGGACGAGCUGGCAAGAGCAGCGGAGGGGCUGGCGCGUGGACUCCAGACUCUUGACGUUAACUCCAAUACCAGCGAUGUGCAGUCACCCGUGCCCCAAAUUGUGGACUCGCUGGUGGAAUGCCACGCCAACAUCGGUUGCUACCAGUGCUACUUGUUCCUAGACAGCCACAGAGACGAAGAGAAGAUGGAAGACUCGGCUCAGGCCUUUGAUGUUGCGCAACUCGGCGUCCGAGUGCAAUUCCCACGUGUAGAACUCACGUACAGGCCCAGCAGCAGUGGAGAUGAAGAGGGUGUGGUGUGGAGCACGGAGAUCGAGCGCAAUGUGGACGUCUCUCAGUGUGUCGUGGAGGAGAAGGAGGAUCACUGGUACCUUCGGCUUCCGAUUCGACCGAGUGACAAGCAGCCGCUUGGAGGCUUCUCGUCGUUCACGCAGGUAUCUCCGGUUGAGUUGCGGCCUGAAAGUUACGACUCUGUGUGUUGUCGGGGAUGUAGUGCGCUGUUGCUUGGUGGGGAGGGGAGUGCGCCCAUUGAGAAGGUUCUGCCGCUUCCGUCGGCCAACUGGAUGGACAUGUUCGACUUCUGGGGCGCCGGCAUCGGAGCCUUCGAGCACAUUCCGCGCGAUGAUAUUCACGCGCAGCGGCUGCGCGUGCUUGUCGGCGAGUCGUAUGUGCUGGUGCACGGCAGUGAUUUGGUUGCUGAAGCGACUGUGGCGAACCACGAGGAUGAAGCGGCGGUGGCGCCGGGGGAUAACGCAAAGGAGGAGCGCGAGUGGAUGCCGUUGGCGUGUGCUGCGUGCUCGGAGCGGGUUGGUUUGUGCAGCGUCGAGCAGCCAGACACUGAGGAGCAAAAUAUCUUCGGCAAGUACACGAUCGACAGCAUUCUGAGUGCUAAACUGCUGGAGAUGGCGGACUCAGACGGUAUCUUCCGGUUUGUCUUGACGUCCUGGGAGACGAUGAUCAAGCAGAAGGAAGCGAGCAAGUUUCGUCGCGUCUUGAAGGUGCUCUAUGGUCCUCGUCAACCGACACCGGCGAUUCCAGGUCUCCUGCCCUCGCACGAAGUCUCUUUGCCUCCUGCAAUGUGCCUCGCCAUCUCGCAGCGACUAGCAAGCAGCUCAGAGCUGCUACCGCCUUCACUGCGAGCAUUUAACCGCAUGAACGUAGGCUACCUCUUCGCU